CACGCUUUAAUCUGCAACUGGAGAUAUUACACACCUAAAACAUUUAAAGACACCAACACAGAGACAGAAAUGAAGAAAAAUUUGUGGUUGGUUGCUUUGUUUUUGGUUCUCUCUUUGGUAAUUUCAUCUUAUGCAGCUUCAGCUCAACCAUACCAAUUCCGGAAACUUUGUAAGGAGUUCUAACUAUUUAUCAUCCGAUUUUGCUCCGUAUAUUCCAUUUUAUUUUACUAACUAAAGUUAAUU